CUCGUGCAUUCCGCGCUGAUGUUACAGUGUAGCAACUUGCCUACGCAAUUGACAACUUCUUCCCCCGCUCGAAAUGGAUGGACUCACCCACGACUCAUCUAUUCUAAUCAUUGGAGGAGGUACCUGGGGCUGCUCAAUUGCGCUGCAGCUAGCCCGGCGGGGUUAUAGGAACAUCAAUGUUCUAGACGCGUCAGAGUUCCCUUCGCCAAUUGCUGCUGGAAAUGACAUCAACAAGAUUGCUGAAGAGGCCAACCCGCCAUCGGAGGACGACUCUGAUGAGAACUACAUGUGGAACCGUAUUCAUCAGAUGUCGAUGCACGCAUGGCUGAACGACGAUUUACUUAAGCCGUUCUACCAUUCUACUGGCUUUAUCAUGGCCGCAUGCGGAGAUGACGCCUAUAAACACGUGCUGGAAUAUGCUGCGGAGGAGAAGGCGGAACUGGUUCCUCUCAAAACCGCAGAUGACUUUCAAAAAACGAUGCCCAAGGGAGUGCUAACCGGAUCUUUUCCCAAGUGGCGUGGGUACUGGAAGAAGAAGGGUGCUGGAUGGUUGUUUGCUCGAGGCGCCCUCGAAGCCAUGCAUACUGAAUCUAUCCGAUUAGGAGCCAAAUAUGUGACUGGAGGACUACAAGGCAAGGUAGACUCCUUGAUUAUUUCGUCGUCUGCAGAAGAUGCACGGACUAUAAUUGGUGCAAAGACUGCCGAUGGUGCAGACCACAAAGCAGACUACACAGUCCUUGCAGCGGGCGCGAAUAGCGACGUGCUGCUAGACUUCAAGAAGCAGCUUAGACCAACAGCAUGGACGCUUGCGCACUUACCAAUGUCGAUUAAGGAGGCACGAAUUUGGGGAGACUUACCGGUGUUAUACGGGGUCGAUCGAGGAUUCUUCAUUGAGCCAGAUGAAGAGAAACAUGAGCUCAAGAUUUGCGACGAGCAUCCUGGGUACUGCAACUUCGUUGAGGUGGACCAAGAGGUGAGGUCUGUGCCUUUUGCACGUCAACAGAUUCCCGUCGACGCAGAGCAUCGCAUGCGGGUAUUACUGGCUGAAACAGUGCCUCACCUUGCGGACCGCCCUUUCAACUUUGCACGAAUUUGCUGGGAUGCCGAUACCGUAGACCGGUUCUUUUUGAUUGACCGGCAUCCGGAAAUCUCAAAUUUGUUGGUCGCAGUAGGCGGCUCUGGACAUGGUUUCAUGACGAAUCCCGCUGUGGGUGUUAUAGCCGUGGAUGCUCUCGAAGGGGUCAUGGAGCUGCGACUACAGAAAAUGAUGAAGUGGCGACCUGAAAAUGCUGUUGGACGAGACUGGUGUGCCACACAAAACAGAUUUGGGGCCGAUGGGAAGAUAAUGGACCUGAGCCUCGUCAAGGACUGGACCAAGAUCGAGAAGCCUAAUGAGCGCUCGUAGUAGUUCGUCUUUGCGACUAUUUGAUGCUUCGAUGUUUUUCAGAAAUCUGGGUAUGACGUAUAAUCUUGAAAGGGUGAAUCAUAUCGGUUUUGAGUUUGACGUUCACGAGUUGUCGUCCGUAAGCAGGUGAGAUCCAGGUGAGCAU